AUGGGUUUGGCGGAUGAUUUGGUAUCCGAUUUCUCUGAUGACGAAGAGCUGAACUCUGAGUUAAUUACGGGGAGCAAGGGAGGUUCACUGAAUGGUGGGCCAAGUUUGCAUGACCUCGUGAACCGUCAAGAUCUUCUUGCAAUUGACUCAGUGAGUGGCCUUUCUCAGGUGAAACCAGAAGUGGAAAAGGCAAUUCACAAAAUUGGUGAACUCAUUGAUAAACCUGUUGAUAAAGUUUUGGAGAGAGACUUUUUGAGUAAAUGUAAUGAAAUUUUGGAUAAGAUCAUGGACGAAGUAGUAAUAUUUCACACAUUUGUCAGAAUACAUUAUCAUUCAGUGUUUCCUGAAUUGGAGGCGUUGAUUACAGAUCCCGUGCAGUAUUGCCAAGUUGUUAAAAUUAUUGGAUACACCUUGUCCAAAUCGAGCAAGUUGGAAGAGGAAUUAAGGCAGUAUUUGCCCCAAGAUAAAGUUCUGGUCGUUUCAAUGUCAGCCAGUCUUCAGGCACAGAAGAACACUCAAUCGCUCCAAGAGAAAGAGAUGCAAGUAAUUGAAGAGGCGUGUGAUGUUGUUCAAACCUUUGUUCAGAAUCGACAGUCAAUACUGGGAUAUGUCAUCUCAAGAGUUCAAGUGUUUGCUCCUAAUGUUACAGCAUUGGUUGGUCCCUCUGUGGCAUCUCAGCUGAUAGCAGUUCAUGGCGUUUUGGGGCUAUCCCACACUCCAUCGUGUAAUAUUCCUUCCCUUGGCUCUAAGUCUGGCGAUCCAGGCUAUCUAUACCACUGUGAUUUGGUUCAGCAAGUUUAUCCAGAUUUCAGAAAACAAGCACUGAGAAUAGUUGCUGGUAAAGUAAUACUUGCCGCAAGAGUUGAUGUGACCGCUGGUGAAGAUUACAGUGGCAGCUUUGGCCUCAAGUGGAGAAAUGAAGUAACGGAGAAACUAGAGAAAAUUCAGGCUCCCCCAGAGAACGGACCUACGAAGGCUUUACCAAUUCCAAUAGAUCAGCCAUCGAAAAAGAGAGGAGGACGUAGGAUACGGAAGCUGAAAAAACAAUUUGAAAUGAGUGAGUUACGUAAGGCACAAAACAAGAUGGAAUUUGGAACACAGGAAGAGUCUACGAUCGACGCAUUUGGAGAAGAGAUAGGUUUAGGUUUGGCUUCCAAGAACUCACAACUUGGUAAAAUCAGAAGCAUUGGAUCCGUUGGUACUAACCAAGCCAAAAUGUCAAAGUCUAUGCUAGCUCGUUUAAAGAACAAGCAAGGUGAAUUGAAUAAUUUGAGUGAAGAAUUGGUAUUCAAUAAUCCGGAGGUUUUGGAGCAGAAAAGAAGUCUUGAGAAAUCACAAAAAUAG